UCCAUAAGAAGAUAUCUUACUCAUAAAGUAUUUCGCUGUUUAACCAGAUUCAGUAUGGCAGCCUUCAGUCUCCAGCGUCUUCUGUUUCUGACUCUCCUCUCAACCAACUGGGUCACGGCAGGACGAUUUCGGUUCAGUGUUCAAGAGAUAUCCACCAACACGACGCGCGAUAUCAGUGAGGAUGAUCUGAUACUGGGCAUCGCAACCUCCACGAAUUCGGGUUCAAACAACAAGACAUGGACAAUUGGUCCUGCAGUAGAGGGCUCGGUCUUCAAAUGGGACAAUCUCACCCAGGAAGUCGAAGUUCCAGCAAGUGGCUCGAACCUAUCUGUCGCCAUUGGUGUGAUGAACAAGGAAGCCGGCGGCGAAGUGGUUGCGGCAGGCAAGUCAUCCCCCAUAGUGGUUAUAUACCAAUAUUAA